AUGAAACACAAAAAGAAUAAGAGUUUAAAAACCUAUGAGGCGAAUCGCAGACAAAUUCUUCUUGAAGACAAUGAAAACGAAGAUAAGGUUAUCAAACGUCUUGAGAAGCGGUUGGGAAUAAACAGGCGACCUAAAAUUAAGAAGGCCGUCCAUCCUUUGUGGAUGCGUCAAUGUGGAUUCGAUUAUCUACUCGACUUUGAGAAGGAGGUGGAAAAUUCUUCAAAAGUUCACGAAACAAAGCCUCUCGGUCAGACACGUACCAAGCGACACAAAUCCAAACAAGUCAACCUGUAUGGUCAACAAACAGCUGCCAGCUGUGAUGAGGAGAAGUGUACAGAAACAACUUCAAGUAACCAGCAUCCUACUAAAACUUCCAGUAGCUGUCUUGAUUCUCCGCCAGAUAUAGUGGUCCCUGAAGGUCGACCAAUGACAGACUCGUCAAAUGAAUCUCUGAGGAAGACCAUCCGCAGUUGGAUUAAUCGAAUUAGUGAAGCUCAUAUGGCUCGCGUCGUUGCCGAGCUGACCAAACUAUUCAGCGAAAAUCCGCGUGCGACGGUAAGAAGUCUGCUUAUCGAUGAAGUGUGCACGCUCCUGGAGUCUGUGCCAAUCAGUACCGGUUCCAAAGAGGGAUGGCUGCAGCUGGACCUAUCCGUUUGUGUUGCGUGUAUACAUGCUUGCCUGCACGCCAGACUCCAGCAUGAUAACCUGAUUGCCUAUCUCGUGGAGAGCUUGGUGGACAAGAUAUCUCUUAGAAAACAAUCCCCGGUUUCAACGAACGUGUUGAGUUCGUUUGGUUUGUUUCUCUGUUCUUUAUUUCAUUUUGGAGUUCUUUCUUCGAAAAUUGUAUUUGAUCUCCUCGCCGUUGGGGUUCACUUGCGAAAAGCCGAUUUCUCUGCUUGUCAGAAUCUAAUUCAAAUCGCAACAAAACACCUGACUUCAUCCACCGGUCCGGAACAAGUGGAUUUGAUAUGCGAGCUAGAAGGUGUAAUCCGUCGGUUAUCGGAGAAGCACUCUAAGGAGGAAUGUGUUACUAGAGCGUUGCAUUUGAAGAAGAUGAUGCGUUCGUGGAUGAAGGGUGUUUCUGUGUCACAAGAGAUAUGUCUUUCUGUUGGUCUGAGUGACAUACGUGACCGUGAAACCAGAGGACGAUGGUGGCUAGUCGGUUCUGCCGGCAAUCCAUUCAGCACCAUCACCGCAGUUGUGCCCACGCAACAUACAGCAGCUCAGGCAUUGCAUUCCAUCAAUGAACCUGGAUACCAUCUGGCACCUGAAAUUGAAGCUGCUGCUGAGAACCUAGGCCUGCGGACGACUUUCAGACGCCAACUCUUCAGCAUUCUAAUGUCUACUCCGGGUGGUCCGGAUGCAACUGCGUCAGCUCUGCUAAAGGCCUGCUCCUCAAGCGGAUCAGGAGGGUCUUCCCAUGAACGUGAAAUGAUCCAAAUUGUGGUCCAUUGCCUAAUGGCUGAAGAUCCAUUCAACAGAUUUUACCCUCGCGUGUUGGGAAGUUUCAUAAACGCACACAGACGAUUUCUAAUGAUGAUUAAAUGCUCGUUCUGGGAUGUGCUCAAGAAAGCAGAUCUAUCGGUCAACGCCAAGGCUAACGCUGGAAGGGCAUUGGGAAUCUUGGUUCUGGUCUUCAAUCUACCCCUCACGGUUAUCAAAAAUUUCGAUUUUGGCGACACAUCUGACGGCAACGUUGCAUUUCUCCGUCAUGUUUUCGUCGAACUUUGCGCGGGAGAAUAUCAACACGCGCUGGCCAAGUUAAUGCAGUUGUCUACGUACACACUUCUGAGUCGAAACACUCGUAUUUUUAUCCGGAAACAUUUUUCAUCCGAGACUGAUGAGAAGCUGAAGUCAUUUGUUCUUCGACUUGCUGAAGACAUGCGUGAAUCCGAGAUACAUUGAUGUGCCCAGGCAUACCGUGUAUUGAGUUGUACAAAGUGUAAAUCAUACUUCGACUUUGCAUCUACCUGUUUUCAUUUUUGCCGCCAAGGCGAUGGCGUCAGGCAGUGGACCGAUUGCGUGAAAGCCUUCUGUCCAAUUUCCGUGUUACGUCUACUGUCCCUUGUUUUGCCUAAUCCUGAUGCGCCCGAUGACUUAAAGACUACAUAUUUGUCACUCAUGCACUCGUGGGCUCUCUGUACCACAAGUCAGAACUGUUUCGUUUCGCCAACGGAUUACCAUGUGUUACGCAGAACUGAUGAUGCCCACCGGUAGGUAGUUCCUCAGAAUAUACGGAG